AUGGAGCAACUGAUCAUCUUCCGCCCAUUCCAAGGGAUUGGUGGGGCGGGAAUUUACAGCAUGGUCAUGGCCGUCAUGGCUGAGGUGACGCCUGUUGAGAGUAUUGGUCCAGUUACUGGGCUGAUGAGCACUAUCUUUGCUCUCUCCAGUAUUUUGGGUCCUGUGCUUGGUGGUGCCAUUACCACAAACGCAUCAUGGCGAUGGGUAUUCUACUUGAACAUUCCCGGUGGCGGUCUGGCAUUAGCGAUUGUGAUCUGGUUUUUCCCUCGAAACGACGGACGGCUUCCCAUCAAUCGCCUAAGUUUUAAUCGCAUAGACUGGCCUGGGAUGUUGCUGUCGCUGAUCGGGUCUGUAUUUCUUCUUCUCGCGCUCGAAGAAGGUGGCAGUGCCUUUUCUUGGGAUGGCUCUCUCAUCGUUGUGUCGUUUAUCGUAACUGGAGCUGCCUGGAUUGCUUUCAUAGCUUGGGAGAUAUACGUCGCAAUGGUUUACAGCCGGAGAACAUCCUCCUUUGCUAGCAAAAUGAUGCCCGUAUUUCCGGUAUGGCUGAUACGACGUCGCAUAGUCUGCGCGUCGUUGAUAGCCGCCUUCCUCGCCGGAUUUCCGUUUAUGGUACUCAUAGUCUACCUUCCCGAACGAUUUGAGAUCCAGGACGGGCUCAGCCCAGUCGCGUCCGGCAUUCGAAUGCUGCCACUACUCCUUCUUUCGGCGUUGGGAGCGGGGGCGGGAGGUGUGAUCAACAGCCGCAAAAACAUCUCCUUCUACACACUUAUGGUUGGGUUGUCGCUGCAACUGAUUGGGCUCGGAUGCAUGACCACCCUUCCAACAACGGGAACCAUUAUUGAUGCGCAGUACGGAUACCAGGUCCUACUCGGGCUCGGCUUUGGAACAACCUUGACCAGUCUGGUCGUGAUAUCUCGCCUGGAAGUAGAUGCCCCAGACCUAGCUAUAACCAUGGGUGCCGUGACCCAGGUGCGUGUUCUUGGAGGCACAAUUGGCAUCUCAAUUGGCCAGGUUCUCAUUACCCAUUUCGUCGACCGGGACUUGUCCGAUGUUCUUUCCACAGAUGAGAUGGCCGCACUUAAAGCGAGCGUUUCGAGCUCACGUAACUUUCCCGCUUCCAAGCAAAACGCGGUAAGUGAGGUCUAUGGCCGAGCGUUCAAUGCGCAAAUUAAGGUGGUCUUGUACAUUACUGCCGCCUGUUGGGUGCUUGGGCUUGGGACAUUCAAGAAAAAUCCCGUGGACUUCCGAGACGCGGGCAGGAUAGAGCCAUGUGGGAGUGGUGAUCAAGAGCAGGACCAGGGGUAG